AUGUAUAUGUAUUUGUACAAGGCGUAUGGGAGAAGACGGCGACGGGGGGAGUGGUGGUUUUCUGAAAACCCCAUCACCGAGAACGAGACUGUUGUAAUAAACCACGGCGAUCCGUUCGAAGGUGUUGUGGAGAUGAUUCGUAUACGGCUUGAACUCGGGGUGCUUACUCCGGUUGCCUUAACAUAUCGGGUCCCUGAUAUGAUCCUCCUUCCACCGAAAAAUGUUGCAACCGAUGCAGAUGUGGAGACAAUGUUGACUGCAACGGAGUUUAUGACGACACCGGUAUUGUGCGUGGCCAGUGGCCCUGAACUAGUCGAUAAAUAUCAAUUUCUUUCUCGCUCACCUUUCAAAAUUGGUGAGACAAGUUUUCUAGACGCGGGGAUAACAGAAGAAGAACAUCACGCAGCCAUAAGAAAUCUCGUUGGGGGACACCCCAUUGUUUGCAGCCAACCAGUCUUGGAGAUGAUGUUCAAUGAACCUCAGCUGCUUAGUGUUUAUCGUAUUGCUCUUGAGAUAGAGCUGGUUUACGCACCUACUGCUGAAGAAAUGGCCCAAUUUCCGCACUUAACGUAUGAAGAUAUUAUUUCCAUAGAGGAAGGUGAAACCAUGAACACCCAUGACCAAAGCCACAACGCCAACAACCACGAAGUGUUACAUGGAGAACCUAUAAACGAUGCACAGCUCCAAAGUGCGUUUACUAAUUUCGCACCUCCAAACAUAGGAACCGAUGUAAUGCCACUGGCAGUGGAACCACUUACGCAAAUCCCCCCUUCACAAACUAUACCGGAAGUGGUCACUGAGGAGGAACAUGCAUACUGGGAUGGUGUUUUCCAUGCAGAAGAUAACGCGCAAGUCCAUGUCUCCCCAUCCCCCCGUCCAACAAACGGUUCGGCAGGACUUCCCAUUGGUCCUAAUCUCAGAAUCACAGCGCCCCAAACACCAACAUCUGUUCUUCUUGUUGAUGAAGCUGAGGCCUCUUACACCGGUUCCUCUGACAGUUUUAACAGCAAUCCAAAUAACCAUGUGUUCCCUCCACCAAUUCCGAUGGCAGAAAACGUGAUACUCAUCUCAAGCACUAGCGAGACGAGACACCGGCUUUAG